AUGGCCUUCACCGUGGCCUACACCACCUCUGAAUUCCCCGCCGAUCUCAACGGCGAUGCCGAUCUGAAAGCACACGAGCGCGUCGCAGCCUCGGGUACCCUGGGUUUGGUUAAAAAGGGUGGAACCGUGGUGCGCGAGGUCGACUUUGCGCCAAAGUCUGCACCGCUUAUGCACCGGACGCAGAGUUUGGAUUAUGGGGUUGUUCUUGAGGGGGAGAUUGAAAUGAUUCUUGACUCUGGCGAGACGAGGGUGUUGAAGAGGGGUGAUGUUGCUGUGCAGAGGGCCACCAUGCAUGGCUGGCGCAAUCCGCAGGAAAAGGAGUGGACAAGGAUGUUGUUUGUGCUGCAGGAUUGCAAGCCUUUGGUCGUUGGGGGGCAGGAAUUGGGUGAGGACCUUACCCAGGCCAAGGGUGAUGGUGUCCUGAAUAGUUCUUAA